GAUCUGUUGCUCUAUCCCCUGCAGUGGCUGGGCCACCCGUCUUCAGGGCUAUUGGCUGUUAUCUCCUUUGGUGUACAACUCGCCCUCUCAGUUGUGAUUGCAAGGGUAGCAUCUUCAUUCUUCGAAGGCAUGCAAGCAAGCAGAAAUGCCUGCUGCUUGCAGCUCAUCUGCUUUGUUAGUUGUGCAAACACGAGCUAUUCUGGAAACAUUGGUCCGCCAGAGAGAUGCGUCAUCUGGCAAGGAUACUGGCACGUUUGGUGUUGA